GAUUUUACCCCUAGUAUGAAUUACUUUUCUUUGUUCUCAUCUCACUUAUUUUCUUCUGGCCCUGAACUUUCGCCCAUUUUCUUCCUCUCAAAUACGGUUGACCACACGCACGGUGCCGUUUUGAGCUGGACACAGACGACUUGCCCAUCUGCCAGACGACUCCUCGGCUCCUCUCUCCCUCUCUCAAUAGGCUUCGAAGUUAUGAACUGGAUUCAGCGCAAGAUCUAUCUUUACAAUGUCACUUUUGGGCUCUACAUGUUGGAUUGGUGGGAGCGCUAUCUUUUCAAUACUUUGGUGAUCGUCUUGAUGUGGUUCAUUCUUUACAAUGGAUCGCGAUCUGUAACUGAGUUCUGCAAGAGGUGGGGUGUGCAUAUCAAACAUGAUUGGCAGGAUUCAGCAGCACAAAUACAUGGGAUUUGAGAACCUUUUCUAGUACACAAUGCAUUGAGUGUUCCUUUCGUUCUUUCUUUCUUCAAAUUCCCUUUUGUUUUUCUUUUCCUCUUUUCUCUUUCCUGAUUCCUAGGUGUAAGAUUUCCUGGUGUUAUAGCAUAUCCUAAGGCUACAAAAUCUUGGUUCUGCUUUAUAUUAUUUCUUGGGUACACUGGAUGAAAGAUGUCUAUUCCCUCUUUGUAUUGCGUGGAAUCUUGUUAUUUUUGCUUUCAUUGUCAUAACAUCGUUUGAUGAGAAAUUUUUGUUGCAUUUGGCUGCCCACGAGACAGAUGAGGUCAUACAAUAAUGUUGUCAAAUCAUGUUUCUUCUUGUAAGAAUUUUCUGCUAUGCCUUUUA